AUUUCUAUAUUCUGAAGGAGGAAAUAGUUGUACGAGAAACCGGAAAUGCCUGUAAUAGUGCUGGCGUUAGUGCCCGCCCCUUCCGGUGUCACUCUUCCCCUCUGUCCCUGUUCCGGUUUGUCCGUGGCCCUUCCCCGGGUGAAAGUGACUUUGAGGCCGACGCUCGACCGUCGCCGCUGCGGAAACAAAAUGUCUGAAAGCAUUCGGGAGAAGCUGGAAAACUACAAAACAGCUCCCUUUGAUAGCAGGUUCCCCAACCAAAACCAAACACGCAACUGCUGGCAGAACUACCUUGAUUACCAUCGCUGUGAGAAAGCCAUGGCAGCCAAGGGAGGAGAUCCUUAUGUUUGCCAGUGGUACAAGAGGGUGUACACGUCCCUCUGCCCUGUUUCCUGGGUCACUACCUGGGAUGAACGCAUAGAAGAGGGGACUUUUCAAGGCAAGAUUUGACCGUCUCGUGCCUGCCAAAUUGGUCUCCUUCUCAGGACAUCGCAGCACUGUUGAGUCCCCUCCGUGGGGUGACUCUGAAGGAUUGUCUAAAGUAUAUCCACAUUUCUGACUCCUGUCUGUCUUGAAAGUCCAACAUCAUGUGAUGGCGCUGAGUCUUGGGCUUUGCAAAUUCUCAUUAAAGGGAUAAAACCUGU